AUGGCGGCGCCACCGCCGCCGCCGCCGGGCACCGCGAUGUCGCCGUGCGACAGAAGGCUCUCGUUGCUCGUCGACAGCUACUCGGAGACAAAGAAGCUGGCCAAUGGCAGGUGCCUCAGGUCCAUCGCGGUGGCCGCCGGCGGCCACUCCUGGCGCAUCGCCUUCUACCCCAACGGGAGGCUCGCCGGCACCACCGGCUCCGUAUCUGUCUACCUCCUUCUGGACGACGCCGGAGCCGGACCCGUCGCCGACGACGACGUCGUCCGCGUGGAGUCGAGGUUCGCGCUGCACAAGGUGGGCUGCGCGGCGCCGCGCCUCGUGUCCUCCACGGUCGCCGGCGCCAUUGGCGGCGGGCGGCAGGAAACGCUCGGCUGCGAGCGCUUCGUCUCGCGGGAGGACCUCGAUAAAUUGGACCUCGUCGUCAAGCACAAUCGCUUCGUGAUCCGGUGCGACUUCACCGUCUUCCCCACCGCCGGCGCCACUCCGGCCGUCGCGAGGCCCUCGCCGCCGCAACCAUCCGUCCAGCAGGCAGCACCGCCGGCGGCGGGAGCAAGCAGGGCGCCUCCACCGUCUUCCCCACUGCCGGCGGCGCCACCGGCCGUGAGGGCGCUGCGUUCCAUGUCCGGGCUGCCGGCGGAUCUCGGCCGCCUCCUCGAGACCGAGGCAGGGUCGGACGUGGACUUCGAGGUCUGCGGCAGGGUGUUCGCCGCGCACAAGGUCGUGCUCGCCGCCCGGUCACCGGUUUUCAUGGCGGACUUCUUCGGCCCGGACAAGGAGAAGACCACCGGCUACAUCCGCAUCUGCGACAUGCACCCGGACGCGUUCGAGGCCCUGCUGCACUACAUCUACACCGACACACUGCCGGCGACGGCGACCGCACGGGAAGAAGCCGCCGCGUUGGCCCAGGACCUGCUCGUGGCGGCAGAUCGAUUCAACCUCAAGGAUCUGAAGUCACUCACCGAGAACAAGCUGUGCAGGCACAGUGUCAGCGUGAGCACGGUGUUGCCGAUGUUGGCGCUAGCGGAGCACCACCAGUGCUUGAAUCUCAAGAAGAAGUGCCUGGAGUUCAUCGCCUCCGGGAGGAACACGAGGGCAGUCAUGGCGACCGACGACGUCGAGCAUCUGGCGAGGAGCUGCCCCUCCGUUGUCAGGGAAAUACUCGGCAAGAUUCUGGAUGCAAGGGAGGCGACGCCGAGCAAUCCCCUGAUGAUGAUGUAG